GACAAGAGACUCAAUACACGUGUUCAGGUCACGGAUCUACGGUUAGUAUUAAUAUUCCGAGUUUUAGAUCGCCGCGUCUUUGUUGUGUUCAUCGCCUUAAAAACAGAUCUAAUCGCCAAGUGAAUCGUCUCUUCCGCCAAAACAAAAAACAAAAUGGCUGAGGCAUCACCUGCAUUGAGGAAGCCUGUGUUCACCAAGGUUAGUGAGCUGAGACCAGGAACCAAUGGUCUCUCACUUAACGUGAAAGUUAUCAGCACGAAGAUGGUGAUGCAGAGAGGAGGAGGAGGAGGUCGUCCCAGUGGUCCUCAGGCUCGUCAGAUGCGUAUUGCUGAAUGUCUUGUUGGUGAUGAGACUGGAAUCAUUAUCUUUACCGCAAGAAACGAUCAAGUGGAUUUGAUGAAAGAAGGGAAGAUAGUGACCCUGCGCAAUGCGAAGAUCGACAUGUACAAGGGCUCUAUGAGGCUUGCUGUUGAUAGGUGGGGGCGCGUUGAAGUCGCUGAGGAUUCCGCGGACAUCACUGUCAAGGAAGAUAACAAUCUUUCCCUCAUCGAGUAUGAGCUUGUGAGCGUUGAAGCUUAAUUUUGGUUUAUCCACCAAAAGAUAUCUCAAAAGACUCCUUUCUCUAGUCGAAGAAGCAUUAGGCCUCUCUCUCUCUCUCUGCUUUGAGUUUUGCUUAUCAGAAUUUGCAGGUUGGUUCUUUGUUGCUGUUUUUUAGUCUUUAUGUAUUAUCCAGGUUGCCUGUUUUCUUUGUUUUUCUUUGUCUUUUUAUGUAGAUUGAUUCUCUUUUUAUAUAUCAUGGGAUUCAUUUUCUUGUUUUA